AUGAUUGCUGCAUGGUGGACGUUGCUCGCUUGCUUCGGCAUACAAGCAGCACGUGCAGGCCUCACUGUGGAGUACCUGGUGGUAGCCGGAGGCGGAGGUGGGGGCUCGGGUGGCGGUGGCGCUGGCGGAGUACUGCAAGACUCAGUCGAAAUCCUUCCUGGCUCGGUGUGGGAGGUGGUGGUGGGGGCCGGUGGCAUCGGAGGCUACGGAGGCUCUCCGUUCGGGCUGGUGCCUCCGAACCCGGUGCAGUCUACAAGCGGAGGGAAUUCCGUCUUGGGACCGAUCGUUUCCUUUGGUGGCGGAUUCGGUGCCGGAGUCACGCGAGUCCCAGGUAAUGGUGGCUCCGGCGGAGGCGGUGGCUUUGACCGUCCCAACAUCAAUCCAGGUCGCGGCACGCCUGGGCAAGGCAACGAUGGUGGCAUUUCCGACACAGACAGCUUCGGGGCAGGCGGCGGUGGAGGCGGAGCUGGACAAGCUGGAUCCAAUGCUCCUGCAAUUCACCUGGGCGGAAAUGGAGGAGAUGGUGUAGAGUCCAAUAUCACUGGGACGGUGCAGUGGUUCGGUGGGGGAGGGGGCGGAGGUGUCAACCAGAACAAUGGCCAAGUGGUCCCGAAUGGUGGCGGCAUUGGGGGCAUGGGAGGGGGAGGAAACGGAAGCAGCUUCGGCAUUCCGGUGGUGGCACAGAUCCCGAAUGUACCGAGGCAGGGGACGGUGGUUCUGGCCUUGUUGCACCUCGCCUUAGUCUUGGAAAACGACCCUCGUCAGGCCGUAGCUCCGCUUCUUUCCAUUUCGUCCACCGCGCAGCUCAUCAUGUCGUUCCAGACGUGUAACUACUGGGGCGAUCCGCACUACACUGCGAGCUGGGGUCCGCAUGGCCGAUUCGACUAUCAGGGCCUCGGUGUCCACGAGGUGGUGAACAACAGCCAGAGCUGCCAGAGCUUCCGGAUGCAGGCAUUCCAUUGCCAGUACCGAAGGACCUCGAAUGCUGUGACACUUGGCGUGGCGUUCCUGCUCGACAACAACACUCGUGUUUUCAUGAACGACUCUUUCGUCUCCGUGACGCCAGGCGGCGAGGGUCGCGUGACAGUGAGCGGACCCCUCACCAACGCCCAGCUCAGCAGCGGCGUGGACAUCCAGACAGGUGAUAGCUGCAACUUCGCAAGCAUCAACGGGGUGCGCAUUCGUGGGAAGCCUGGGUACAUCUUGAACGCGCAGAUCCGGGCGCACGAGGAGGUGGACGCCCCACAGGGUAUUUGUGGAGCCGAGUUCUUGGUCUCCACCUUUGUCAGCGAUUCCGCCGACUACCUCUUCACAGACGAGGAGUUCGUAGACAUGUGCAACCACUGCGAAUCCUUCGGAGGUACCGGCUCCCCUGGGUGUCCCGGCGUCACCACGACCACUUCGGUGCCGGUGGCUCUCAGCGACCGGUGCAGCUUUGCGCGGCCAGGCGUGAAUGCAAACAUCCCUGGCACCCUAAGCAUCCUGGAGGAGUGCCAGAUCAGCAGCGGAACAUCACCGUUCGAUGAGUAUGUGCAGAAGCAGCCCACUGCAAACCUUUCGAGCUUCGAUGACGUGUGUGUCUUCUACUUCGACUCAAGCAGCGGCAUCAAGAGUUGCAACGCCGUCUGCAGCUUGCUUGGGACCACUUGCAACAAUUUCCUGGGGCGGGUCGGAGUAGGUGCCUCAGGAAGCUGUGCUACGGCGACCAGCGACUUUGCUGACUGUGAUUCCGAGCCCGUCGGUGAGGCCAUCUGUGCCUGCAACAUCAACCAGGAUUUCAUCCCAAACGCCGGCGAGAGCAUCCAAGACAUCGCGGCAGCUGCGCAGGCAGACCCUAAUAUCAACUUCGAAGAUGCUGUGGGCAACUGCAGCACCGGAUGGCUGGAGGGAGUGGUGCUCCCGGCGAACUUGUCGAACACAUCGAUCACUUUGACCGUGGAGCAGUUCAACGUGCUAAGCUGCGUCGCUGACUGGGUCUUCGCCGAGCCGGAGGACCGAGCUGCUAUUGUCGAGAUCACGCAGGAGCAAGAUCCAGUCAUUCCGCCAAAUCAGUGCCAAGGCACCGACGGAGCGCAGCUGGAGGAUCACCGGCUUGAUUUCCUGUGCAAACUUUUCAUGCACUAUCGCAACGACCAAUACUGCAACCACAGCUGCACCUACGACCACCACUACGGCUGCACCUACAACCAGCACCACACCAGCACCCACGACCACUACCACAGCCGCCGGCACAACAUCCACUACCACGGCCGCAAUCACCACUUCAACCACCACAGCCGCACCCACGACCACCACCACAGCUGCGCCUACGACCACCACUACAGCUGCACCUACAACCACCACCACGCCAGCACCCACAACCACUACCACAACCGCCGGCACAACAUCCACCACAGCAUUGCCUACGACCACUACCACGGCCGCAAUCACCACUUCAACCACCACAGCCGCACCCACGACCACCACCACAGCUGCGCCUACGACCACCACUACAGCUGCACCUACAACCACCACCACACCAGCACCCACGACCACUACCACAGCCGCGGGCACAACAUCCACCACAGCAUUGCCUACGACCACUACCACGGCCGCAAUCACCACUUCAACCACCACAGCCGCACCCACGACCACCACCACAGCUGCGCCUACGACCACAACUACAGCUGCACCUGCAACCACCACCACAGCUGCGCCGGCGACCACCACCACGGCACCUGGUACAACUACAACUCUUACUACGGAUCUGCCCUGGAGAUCGAAGACGACGAAGACGACUUCGAUGACACGGAGGAGGGCGCGUUCUUGCAAGAUCCGCGGUGUGAAAAGGACGAUGACACGUGUGAGGACGAGCUUUUGGAAUUUGAGGAUGACGACACGGAUGCGCUCGAGACAUUCCUGAGCCGGCUGCCAGCAUGGAGGGGAGGCCAGCGCGAGAACGGCCGCAACGCGCCAAGCGAGUCUCCCGAGCGAGACGGUCAAGGAUUCACGUGUCAGUAUGCUCUCAUAUUAAGAGUGUCGUUGUUUCCUCGUGAUUCCACCGAUGGCUAUCUGCUUCGCAUCAAGAGGGUGUGCGGUUGGGUCUUUGACCCUCCAUACCACGAUGUGGCCACGACGGAGUUCAGCCGGGAACGUUUCGUGGAUGUGCUGGAGAUUGGUGCGAAGGCAAUCUCGGAAGGAUGCACUCAUGCCAUGGCUUUUGAGCUGAAGAUGGGGGCAGGGGACGUGGGUGAAGGCGGAGGGUCAUGGUCCAUGAGCAUGGAGGCAAGCGUGAAGGCGGCCUCGGGUGCGGUGGAGAGCAACGGCCUUUCAAUGCUCGACAUUGCCAAGCAUGCGGUGCGAACGGUGAUCCAGACGCUCGAUUCACAGGACCGUCUCUGCGUCAUCACCUUCUGCAGACAAGCUGAACUUGUCCUUCCACUUCUCCCAAUGGACGAGGAGGGCAAAGCUCGGGCGGAGCAGGUCCUCGAGAAGAUGACCUUCGGUAGCGGCACUGCGCUGUGGCAGGGUCUCAACGCCAGUUUCCGUGAGCUCCACAGCAAGCAGCGGGAGGGUAGCUUCUGCCACACCAUGCUUCUGACAGACGGCGAGACCGAAGAUAGCGCUCAGAUCAUGCAGCAUCUACAGGACGCCAAGGCUGGCUACGGAGGUGAGAUCCCGGGAACUGUCAGCACCUUCGGCUUCGGCUACGAGAUUGACAGCAAGCUCUUGGUCAAAGUCGCUUCUUUCUGUGAUGGAACCUAUGCUUUCAUCCCUGAUGCUGGCUUCGUCGGUACGAUCUUCGUGAACUCCAUCAGCAACCUCCUUGCCACCAGUGGCAUGAACGCGAAGCUCCAGGUGAAGCCCUUGGAGGCCGUUCAGCGGGUGCUUGGUGGCUUUGCGCGGGUCCUGGUGCGGCAGCCGGAUUUCGUGGACAGGGCGAUUUCGGAGGCCGGAAUUUGUGGACAAGGCGACUUCGGAGAGCGCAAUUCGUGGACAAGGCGAUUUCGGUGGGCGGAAUUCGUGGACAAGGCGACCUCCGAAAAAUCGCUUUGUCCACGAAUCAGUCCACGAAUGGCGGAGUUCGUGGACAAGGCGAUUUCGGAGGGCGGAAUUCGUGGACAAGGCGAUUUCGGUGGGUAUUAG